UUCCGAGAGCCGUUGCCGCCGCAAGUGCGGGGAAGAGGGGCUGGGGUCGUUGGCUGGGGUCAGAGUUCGCAGCGGCACUCUGCUGGAGGGAGUGGUCAGGUCACCUGGAACGAGGCUCCCCGCCCAAACACUGUGGGGACCGCGGGCCUGCCCUCCCCGCACCUCCUCACGUAAAAGAGAAAUUUCUUAGAAUGCUUGAGCCGUCGAUAAGAGUGCCAGUGAAGAAAGCGGGGUAUUUCCCUAAGGCCUGUAUCCUACCUUGAUUGUCUUUUCUUAAAGUAUUACAAAUCAGGAUGUCUGUACAGUCAGUGGAAGAAGAUUCAAUACUUAUCAUCCCAACUCCAGAUGAGGAGGAAAAAAUUCUGAGAGUGAAGUUGGAGGAGGAUCCUGAUGGCGAAGAGGGGUCAAGUAUCCCCUGGAACCACCUCCCUGACCCGGAGGUUUUCCGACAGCGAUUCAGGCAGUUUGGAUACCAAGAUUCACCUGGGCCCCGUGAAGCUGUGAGCCAGCUUCGAGAACUUUGCCGUCUAUGGCUCAGGCCAGAGACACACACAAAAGAACAAAUCUUGGAGCUGGUAGUACUGGAGCAGUUUGUUGCCAUCCUACCCAAGGAGCUACAGACUUGGGUUCGAGAGCAUCAUCCAGAGAAUGGAGAGGAGGCAGUGACGGUGCUGGAAGAUUUAGAGAGUGAACUAGAUGACCCUGGACAGCCGGUUUCUCUUCGUCGACGAAAACGGGAAGUGCUAGUAGAGGAGAUAGUAUCUCAAGAAGAAGCGCAGGGAUUGCCAAGUUCUGAGCUCGAUGCCGUGGAGAGCCAGCUCAAGUGGGCAUCCUGGGAGCUCCAUUCCCUGAGGCACUGUGAUGAUGAUGCUAGGACUGAAAAUGGAGCGCUAGCUCCAAAGCAGGAGAUUCCUUCAGCAGUAGAAUCUCAUGAAGUUCCUGGCACUCUCAAUAUAGGUGUUCCUCAAAUUUACAAAUAUGGAGAAGCCUGUUUCCCCAAGGGCAGGUUUGAAAGAAAGAGAAAUCCCUCUCGAAAGAAACAACAUAUUUGUGAUGAAUGUGGAAAACACUUCAGUCAGGGCUCAGCCCUUAUUCUUCAUCAAAGAAUCCACAGUGGGGAGAAACCCUAUGGAUGUGUUGAAUGUGGGAAAGCAUUCAGCAGGAGCUCCAUCCUUGUGCAGCACCAGAGAGUCCACACUGGAGAAAAACCUUACAAAUGUCUUGAAUGUGGAAAAGCCUUUAGCCAGAAUUCUGGGCUCAUUAAUCAUCAAAGAAUCCAUACUGGGGAGAAACCUUAUGAAUGCGUUCAGUGUGGGAAAUCCUAUAGUCAAAGCUCAAACCUUUUUAGACAUCAGCGAAGACACAAUGCAGAAAAACUUCUGAAUGUUGUGAAAGUUUAAGAAAUUUAAAAAAAAAAUCAGCACUCAGGUCUUUUUCUUCUGAAAUGAAGACAAAAUUAAAAACAUGAAAUGAUACGUAAUAGUUUCCCUGUAGACUGUUAGAAAAUCCACUGGGAAAUGUAGAAAGUCUUCACCCACUAUAUUAUUUUAUCUUGAAAGAAAUGGUGUCAUACCUGCCUAAAAACUGAAAUUUUAAACUUAAUUCAGGUGUUAAUGCCUAACUCUUCCAUGUGAUGUUUAUAUUAUUAUUUUUACAAUUGAUGAACUACCUGAUUCUUUGUCCCUUUCUCAAAAGUUUCCUUCUUAAGACAGAUACGUUAUUUCUCUGUUGAUCAUUGAAAUGUUCUUUUGCAAGGAUACAUUCCCUUCUACAUUAGAAAGCACCAUAGGAAUUAUAAAAUCUGAAAACUUGAGACCAUUUUUUUCCAAAUUUACCCUCAUUUCCUUCUACCUAAUUUGAAUAUGCAUGUCAGAAAAUAGAAGAUAAAGGAUGACCAAAAACCUCAAAGUGAAAUGAGCCUUAAAACUCAGAUAAGAAGUGAUGGUGAUAAAACAGCAAAAAGUGAAUGGGACACCUAGACUGGGGAAGAUAGACAAAUACUUUGAUCCAAGAAUUGAAGUAUAUCAGGAAUUUAUCUGGGUGUAAUGGGCUUGCAGCAAAACUGAGAAAUAGCUCAUCUUACCUGUAAUUUGGAAGGAUCCCACUAAUGAAAAUAGUUUUCUCUCAUGUGUCAUUAGAAAGUGGACAGUCUAAAGAAUAAAUAGUUGUAAAGCUCUGAAGGUAAAAAUUGUAACACUAGGGAAGAAUUUUGAAUGGCAGUGUUGAGGGGCAAAUGUGAACAAGGGUAAUGGUCUGUCUUGGCUUUUUGAAAACAAAAGAGAAUUGAAGAUCUAAGUCAUUAUUAUUUUUCCUUCAUUUUUGUCAAGGACAGAAAAAUCCCUGACGUGUGGGCAACAGUAUCAGGUUUGCUGUUUUAUUCCUUUGGUACAGAAGGGUUGAACACCAGGCUAACAAAGCAGCCAUGCAUUUAUUAUUAGACAUUUUCUACCGACAAGGCACUGUGCUAGGUACUGUAACCCUACCGUAAUCAGGUAGGCAUUUCUUCCACUGUAAAUCAUUAGGCGUUUGGUACAAAGCUGUUUCAUGUGAGUUAGCCUCUCCCCCCGCCGUCUGCGCAGGCCUUGGGGAGGUCACCUCUGAGAUUCCUAGAGCCAUAGUUCUCUUACCAGUGUGUUAUACUUGGGGGAAGGAAGACUCAGCUCAAAGAGCUAGCCAGCUCUCCAGCAAUCUUCGGAGGUGAGUCCAAGAUAACUCUAUCCCAGUUUGGAGGUUUGUGGGUCUUUUAAAAAAACUAAUCUCUAGUAGCAUUGAGGUUGUACUUAUAUGUUAAGUUGAAUGGAUUGUUCUAUUAAAAAAAAAAACUAGGUUAUUAACAACUAGUUUAUUAACUAUCAGAAUUGAUGGAACUUUUAAAAAAAUCUGUCUUAACACAUUUUUAAAAAAUGUAUAAAAGUAAUACAUUGUAGUAGUAGGAUUAUGUACUUCUUGGCUGAGAAUCCCAAGUACUGUGGUUCUGUUUAGUGGAAAACUCUGGAAGUUAAAAUACAGAAUAUGAGAAAAGGCUUUUUUAUAGUGGGCAUAAUUGUGUGGAAAAUGACCCAUGUGAAUAAAAUUGUUUCAUAGUUCCAGAGAUGUUGGUUACAUCUGGUGCUUGGAUCCAAUUAAAAAAUGGAAGGUGAGAUUUGCAUGAGCCUGUUAAAAAGCAUAGUAAUAAAUGCAAGGCCAGCUGGUGGAGAAGUGAGGCAGGAUGGAGCUUGUUUAUAGAUUUUCUGAUAACAAUUAUAAGAAAUGUGCUUUAUAGAUUAAGAUUUAUUGAAGUAUAAAUAUGUAGUAAUGAUAUAAUGUAUUUUAAGUUAUGCAAGAAUAUGUAGGGACUUUUGUUUGGGUCUUUUUCUCUUUGUGGCUGAGAGGAAACAAGUCAGUGUCCAAUAAAGCUAUAAACUCCUCUGCUCUAAGAUAAAAUGAUCUUGAGUUGAUUGAUUUAUUUAUUUAUAACUGGCUUCUUUUCAAGUAGGUUUUGAGGUGGCAUAUUUGGAAUACUGCUGGGAUGACAGAGUUCUUUUAUCAGGGUAGGUAAGAAGGGAGCAACCUUUUUCUGGCUAGAAUUUCACGCUGUUUUAGAUCUUGCAUCUUUCCUGUAUACAAAGAGGCUUCCCUGUGGUAUAUUUGUCAUAAACACCAAAGAUGUUUGUAUAAUGUGAGAGCUUAGAAAAAGUACUAGAGUUGGCAAAUAGGAGUUUGUCUUGCCAUCUCCGAUAACCUGUGCGUUGUUUAGAAAGGAUUCUGAAGCUCAGGCAAGGCUCUGUGGGGAAAAUGGGCUGGACCCAAAAAAGCUGGAUGACCGUACACAUAAAAAGGAAGUGGUGGUCUUUGUACUUGACAUCCCUGGUUAGGCUAAGUUCCCACUAGACAAACUGAUUUAAAAUAACUUCAGUGACUUACGAUUUCAUCUAGACAUAGAUUUAUAUCCACACAGGUAAUCACAGUUAGCAGUUCCAUGCUGGGGAGUGCCCAGCUUCUGAUGAAAUGGUCACCUGGCGGUUGUCAAGCAGUGGCGUCUGUGCAGUUAUUAAGCAAGCAGUUGUUGAUGCCAUGCAGACUGCUGAUGCCUGUCUGGUAGCCACUGAGCAUUUGGUGCGCAUUACUUCUAAACUGUCUUGGUUUUCUUGGAGGUUAAAGUCCCCAGAUUCACACCCAGUUGGCACUUGGUCAUUUAGCAAUAUGUCUACACAGUUGUGUCAGUUGAAGGGAGGAUUACACGUGCUGAAAGAACCUGCAUGCCAGGCAUUGGGUUAGAUGCUAUACCUAGCUCACUUAGAUUUGUAGCUUAGGAAAGCAAGAUUCAGAGAUCGUGUGACUUGCAUGUGGCCAGUUAGAACUAAAACUCAAAUCUAGUGCUGUGAACUCCAGGGACAUAUUUUUUUCACAAUACAAUGAAUGAUGGCUGUUGAACCCUGAUUGAUAAAUUUUAUGCUUUUAUCUUACAGUAAACAAAUGUAAAAGCUAUUAAAUGUGCUCAUUUGACUUUUCUACAGUACAGAAGUACAAAAUGAAAAAGGACAUUCCUUUUCACAGUCUUACUCAGUAGUAGUAAUUAUUUGGUUUGGUAUUCUUCCAGACUUAGGCUUAUACAUAUUUAAGCAAAAAUGUGUUAAUAGCUGACACUUGUGGUCGCUGUAUACAGGCACUGUUGGAAGCGCUUUACCCUGGAUUAACUCGUAAUCCUCACAGCAACCAUAUGAGGUAGGUACAUAUCCCCAUUUUACAUGUUGCUGCACUGAAAAGUGUCUCCCUUCCCUCCCACUUUGAUGUACACGUUUUUUAAUGGCUGCAUACUAAUUCAUUGCAUCAGUAUGCUAACUUCUUUAACCUACCCCUGUGUAGGUAAUUUGGUUAUUUCCAGUUUUUUUUAUUAUAGAUCAAGAGUUAACAUCUGUAUGUAUUUGCUGCCCGUGUGGGUAUUUCUGUAGGGUAAAUAGCUGGAAGUAUAAUUAUUGGGUCAGAAAACGUGCACAUUUAACAUUUUGAGAAACACCUUUGUAAAGAUUGCAUCAGUAGAGUACCUGUUUGCCUGCACUCCCACCAACCCUGAAUCCUUCAAUAUUUUUGCCACUCUGAUAGGUAAAUUUGUCAUUCUUUAUUAGUAAGGAGGAACAUCUUAUGUUUGUUGGCCGUUUGCAUUUCCUAUUGUGAAUUGCAUUUCCCAGUUUUUCUUUUUUAAUUAUGAAAGUACAAAUGACUACCAUCUCAUUGUACAAAACUUAAAUAUACCCAAGAGCAAAGAGAGACCUUUUUCUCCAGCAUUUCCAAUCACAUUCCAGUGCCCACAGUUUAGUGUACAUUCAUCUAGUCUCCUUUCCAUAAUUUCCAUGUGAAUAUAUGUACACAUAUAAGUGCUAUUUUUACAUAAAUAGGAUCAUAUAUAUGUAUUGUUCUGCAGCUUGCUUUUUUUUGGUCUCAAAAACAGAUUCUGAGGUCUUUAAAUUUCUUUAAUGAUUAAAUAGUAUUCAAUACUAUGAAAAUACCAUUAUUUAACUAUUCCCAUAUUUUUUUCUUUUGCUGUUACAUUGCCAAAGUAAACAUCUCUUUCAUAUAUCUUUGUGCAUGUGUGUGAAUAUUUCUUUAGGGUGGUGUAUGAGAUUGUUGGGUCAAAGGGUGUGCUUUCUGGUAGACCCCACCUUAGCCUCCCCAAAGGCCUUCGUAACUUUCUGUUUUCACCAAUUACACACAGAGUGCUCAUUUCCCCACGUAGCCUUACCUACAUUUGGUAAUUUUUAUCUGAUGGGCAAAAAAGAAAAAAAGGAUCAUUUUGCAUUUCCCUGAUUAAUGGUGAGGUUGAGGGUAUUUUCAUGUAUUUAUUGACCGUUUAUAGUUUUAUCAUGGAUUGUUUGUUUGUAUCCUUUAUCUGCUUUUCUCUUGGGUUAUGUGUGGGUAUAUGUUGUUUUUGUUUAUUCAGCAUCUCUUUCCCCAUCUUGUGAUAACAGAAUCCUUAUUUAUUGUGGGGAACCCAUUCCCUGUGGCGUAGGUGAGUACAUGACCAGGCCUGGCCUUCCUGAGUCCCACACCUCCUUAGCCACAGUGAUUAAAGCAUGGGCAUGUAACUCAAGCCAGGCUAAAGAAAGCCCUCAAUGGAACUUCUGCUGGAACUCUCGGAAAGAAGGCUCGACAGAUCCCACGAACUAAGGACUGUGUAAGCCUGAAUCUGUACCAUGUGGAGAGAGUCUGAGGAGAAACUCAGAGGC